CCUAGAUCCGCGAGGGCGGCUGGGUGCUGUUGGAGCAGGAGGCGGGAGCUGAGCAAGGGGCGAGGCCUGGAGGAACCUGAAGCGGCUCUGGUGUUGAAAGCGACGGCGGCGGCGGCGGCAGCGGCGGCGGUGGCUUCACUGCCGGGUUGUCACUGUGAAGCCCAAGCUUGCCUCGGGUACUGAGUGUCUGGAUUACAGUGUGAAAAGUGGAUCAGGUGACUCAUAUGCUAAAGGAUGGCACGGUCAAGAUCCAGAUCCCCCAGGUGGAAACAAAGGUCAUUAUCACCACAAUCUAGGAAUUUUGAAUACUAUGAGGAAAGACAUUUCCAUGGGCAUUAUGACCCUGAAUAUAGAGAUGAUCCAAAAAGACCCUUUACUUGGAGACUGGACGAUGAGAAACAUGGACAGAAUAAACUAAGGAUUUCCCCUCGUGUGAAUCCUUAUUAUCGGUCUUAUGAAAAUAGAUCACCUUCCCCAAAUGUAAAGUCUGUAGAAAAAUUUGACACAUAUAAUCCUCACCAAGAAUAUUUCCCUGGAAGAGGGGAUGAUGACAGAAGAUCUCAGUAUAUGCCCACAUACUCAGAAAGUGCAGCAAGCUAUACAGAGCAUGAAAGGGAUUGCUAUUCCCCCCAAAUGCAAGGAAGGUUUAUUCCUGAGGAGCACAGAGUUAGAGGAAGAGGGAGAGGAGGGAAGCCACCUCAGAUGUCACUGGACGAUUCCUUUGGAUAUGAAGAGGCAUGGCAUGAAGAUGAAUUGAGACACCAGAGGGUCCAUGAAGAAAACUAUCCUCAGUCACCCAGAAGAGGCUCAGAAGACUUUGAUGCAAGGAGCCCUUUUCAGAAGAGGUAUCCUGAGGAUCAUGAUUUCAGAAACUAUGACUACACACCAAAAAGAUCUAUAGAUGCAGCAAGGUAUGAAACUAGAGAGCCAGCCAGAAUCUCAAAGUGGAAGCCUGAGCAUUCUUUUGUACCUUUUCAAGAGAAGGAUGAAGAGUGGAGCUACGGAUCACAAAGCCAUAGAUACACUGAGAGAGAAUACCCAGAGCUGAUUUCAGCAACCAGAGUAUCUUAUGACUACCGUCACAAACAUCAUAAGCUUUCAGACAGUGAGCAGGACUUUCCUGAUGAGAGAUUUCAGAAGUACUUGAAGGAAGAAGACAGGAAAUACAGUUCUCUAAAAGUUUCUGGAAAUAGAGAGUCAGAUUGUUUCCGUACUGCAAGAGGAAGAGAGAAUGAAAAUGAUCAGGUCAGUGGGCCCUUUCAACUAUACAAGAAAGACUGCAUUUCCUAUACUAAUACAAAUAUAAAGGAAGCUGAUUUGGGGCCUUGCAAUGACAAAUGGAAGAAAAAAAUAAAGAAAGAAGAUUGCAGAAAAGAGAGUGCCUCUUCUAGUAAACAACUUGAUGCAAGCCCAAAGCAUGAAGAGAAACGAUAUUCAUUUGUCAACAAGAAAUCACUUACUGUUCAAGUAGACGUGAACAAGAGGAACGCAUUUAGGUCCACUUCUAGAUACUCUGCAGAGAGGCAGCUAUCACAUGAUUUGGUUGCUGUGGGCAGAAAAGCUGACAAUUUUCAUCCAGUAUUUCACCAUCUCAACUCACCUCAGAACCCUGAAGACAAACCUGCAGAAGAGUUUGCUCAGGAAAUCAUCACACUAAUCCAUGAAGUUAAAGCAAGUUGUUUUGCACCAUCUAAUGUUACUUUAAACGAGCGUUUCUCAAGAAUACAAAACAGACAUGAUGCAGAUUUCAAUGAAAUGAAUUUGAAUUCAGAUCCAGAAUUUCACAGGAGAAUAGAUAUGUCUUUGGCCGAUCUUCAGAAUAAGCAGACUAUGGUAUAUGAACCAGAUGAGACUCUGGUCAAAGUAAUAGAUCCAAAUGACCUGCGACAUGACAUUGAAAGAAGGAGAAAAGAGCGGUUACAGAAUGAAGACGAGGACAUUUUUCAUAUGACUAGUCCUACAGAGAGGAGUCUUCUAUCACACUUCUUUGCAGGAGUCUUUAGUCAUUGGCCUCAGUCUGCCUCUAGUUCUGAGAACUAGUAGAACCUGUGGCAACUAUGUGACCCCCAUAAUGAUUAUGAGGAAUAAUUGAAUGAGACAAUUUCUAGUUUGGUCAAGAGUCCUUAAUCAGUUUGAAUCUCUCAGAAACAGGGAUUUGAAUAGAGAGAAAUAAUGAUAAUUCUUUUUACAUGAUCCUUAGUGUCAACUCUUAAAACAUUUAAAUAUUUGACCAGAUUUUUAAAUCAACUCUAAACCUAAGUAGCCAUACUCAAAAUACAUGAAGUUUGUUUUAACUGGACUUGAUUUUGAUAGUAACUUUGAGACUGAUUAAAAGAUAGUGAAACUGUGUAUUUUGGUAUAUAAAACAAUUGGAAUAUGGAAAAUUUCCUAAUAUGUUUGCUUAACACAUGGUAUUACCUUGUUUUUACUGACAAGCUGUCUGUUAUGUUUUUUCUUGGCUGAGAAAGCAUUAGAAACACAGUGUACCAAGAAGUGGAUUUAAAAAAAAAACAUUUGUGAUGAUAACCAUAUCAUAAAUGCUCCAAGACUUAUCUUUACCCUUUGAGAUGAUUAGAACUUGAAUCUGUUUGGGUUCAGUGCCCAGCUCUAGGAACCCUAGCUAUGUGAAUGACUUGGGGUAGGUUAUCUAGCCUUUGUUUCCUCAUCUGUGAAAAUAGGAAUGAGAUUUGUGCUUACCUCAUAAUGGUGAUCAGGAUUAGGUAAAAUGUACCUGGUUAUCAUUAAGCUUGUUAAUGUUAGCUUUGAGCACUGUUGUAGCAUGAAACAUGAUAAUUUUUUAAAAAUUCAGUAUGUUUUUGCCAUAAAAUUCACCCUUUGUAAGUAAGCAAUUUGAGUUGUUUUUACUAUAUUCACAGAGUUGUAUAAGAACCACUUAUCUGCCUUUAAUCCCAGCUCUCGGGAGGCAGAGGCAGGUGGAUCUCUGUGAGUUCGAGGCCAGCCUGGCCUACAAGAGCUAGUUCCAGGACUACUAUGAGUAGCCAGGGUUACUCAUAGAAACCCUGUCUCAAAAAACCAAAAAAAAAAAAAAAAAAAAAAAAAAGAACCACUUAUCUCGUAGGGUGGUGGUGGCAGACACCUUUAAUACACCUUUAAUCCCAGCACUCGGGAGGCAGAGGCAGGCGGAUCUCUGUGAGUUCGAGACCAGCCAGGUCUACAGAGCGAGUUCCAGGACAGGCUCCAAAGCUACAGAGAAACCCUGUCUCUAAAAACAAACAAACAAAAAAAGAACCACUUAUCUCAGAAAUAUUUUGUCACUCCAGAAGAAAGCAGUGUACCUAACUGUGGAACACCCCUCCCCAUUUUUUCAUUUUCCCUUCCCUGGAAAACCACUGUUACACAUUCUAUGGAUUGCCUAUUUUUGGCAUUUCAUAUAAAUUCAGUAAUAUGUCUGGCAUUUCGUGACUUCUUAUUUUAUGUAGCAUGUAUUAAAAGUUUAUCCAUACUAUACCACAAAGAUUUCUUUUAUGGCUAAAUAAUGCUACAUUGUACGGAUGUGUCAUUUGUUGUUUAUCCAUUUAUCAGAUGAUGGUCUUUUGAUUUGUUUUUACUUUUUGAUUAUUGUGAAUAAAUAGUGUUGUGAACAUUUUGUGUGCAAGUUUCUGUGUGGUCAUGUCUUCAUUUUUAUUAAGCAUAUACCUACAUGUAGAAU